GGCUGCGAGUUUUGUAUUUUGUCAGCCGUCCUCUAGAUUAGACUCCGCCCUCUAGCUGAGCGGUGACUGCGCUUGCUCGGAGUACGGUGUUUGUCCUGUUCGUUUAUGUGCACCGUGUGGGGCUCUAUGUAGGCUGAGCUCUGUCACGGAGCCGGCGGUGUCAGGGUAGAGCUUUACAAUGUCUCAACGUUAUGUCAACAUAGAAGAUGAAACCUUUCCAAGCUUCCUGGCCGAGUCGAUUAGCAGUAACCUCAGUGAAGCUCUUGAUAACUGCACCAUCACAUCAAAUUUAGGAUUGCCAGUUGCUGCAUCUACAGUUGCAAAAGGCCGCACUGCUUUUGAAAGACUUUCAGAUGUCCAGGCAUCUUAUCUAGAAAACGAAAAGUUACCAGUGACAACAGAUCUUUUUACAUUAGGUCACUCUGGUGGAGAUCGAAAUGGAAAAUUUGUCUUGAGCUUUAAGGAUGAUAUGGAGUACUUGGAUACAUUUCUUGGGGCUAAAAAUCAAGCGCAAGAUGCUGAUGUGAUGGACAAGUCGUCAAAGGAGUCAAGUCGUCUGGUUUUGGAUUCCUUGCCUAAUGAAAGAAAUGAUGGCUUUUCAAAUGGCUUGGUUUCAGAUGCCAAACUUGGUAAGGUUUACAGCACGCCCUCUUCAUUGAAAGAUGCUGAGAAAGCAGAGUGUGGUUCUCCAGGUGACGAGAUACGUUUAUCUGUAGCAAGUUUUCUGGAAAAUGAAAAGUUGAUAUCUAUUGCAAGCUUAGAUGCUAGUUCUUCAGAUGAAGAGCUAAAUGAUGAAGAGUUUUACGAUGAUGAGUUAGAAGCAUACUUUAAAAAACUUCGUCCACCUGGAAUGCAACGUGGAGUUAUUGAAGGACAGGAAAUUCAAGAGCCAAAAAGAGCUUCUUUCACGGCAAUGAACUCCUUUAUAGACAGAGCUACAAAUGAACAACCUAAUGAUCUUCAGUAUGAUGAUGACUUUGAGGAGGACUUCCAGAUGCUUCAGGUCCGGCUUGCAGCGACAGGAAUGGAUUCAGCUCCAGCUAGUGAUGAUGACCUAGAAUAUGAGUUGGAGAAAGUUUCACAGCAAGCCUUACAAAGAGAACGCUUCCUAGAGAAUACAGCAAGCCAUUUGAUUGGUGAGCAGCAUAGGCCAAGUUUUCGACCAGGCUUAGAAGGCGGCAGUUCCGAAGAGGAGUCUUCUAACGAAGUAUUGAGCGUUCCUAAUCGUGCUGUGUUGUCAUGUAGGCAGUCUGCAGAGGGCCAUGGGAUUUCUUCUCCUAGGUCUUCCACGCUAGUUGGACAAGAGUCUGGACAUGGUGAUGGUAGAAGUGAAGAUGGCUUUAAGCCAUUACAGGCAUCGACAACGCACAACUCUGGAUCACGUAUAAAAGAUAUUGGUGCCAGAAAUGUUGCAGGUGAAGAACAUUUGGGUCUUUUUACUCAAGCCCCUGAAGACCGUAUGGUUCCUGUUGGGUAUGGUGGAAAAUUGAUUAAACAUGAUAUGGAACAAGACCAGAGUAAAACCUUCCGAGAUAAUGCAAAUCAUGAAAGCCAACAACGGAGUAUCCAGGAAGGUGGCCCCCACUUCUCUCAGACGUUUUCAUCUAGUGUCAGUGGCGAAGAGUUGAAUCAUGUGAGACAACCUGAAUCUGUAGAUGUUCAGAUCACAGGUUCAAGUACUGCUGUUAUUGGUUUAUCAGAUGAAUAUUUAUUACCUACCUGUUUACAAAAUGAGAAUGCCUCUUCCGAUGCCUGGCAGUCUUCUCAAGCACAAGCUUUUCAGUGGAGCUUUGAUCAAGGCGGCAGUGAACAGGGGGAGAGUUCAUCACAUAGCGUGGUUUACCAAAAUGAAGAAGGCAAAUGGGUUACUGAUCUUGCUUACUACAAGUCAUUUGAUAAUGAACAUGCUGCAGAUUUUUCUGGAACUACUGACAACCAGUUUGAGGGAGAUUUUAUUGCUGGAGCUGAUGCUAUAACAAAGCUAGCUGAAGACCAGGUUGAAUUUGAAAAGGAGCACAGAUUUAUUCAGGAAGAAAAGAUGGAUUUGGAAAAUCUCUCUGUUAGUCUGGGUGAUUCAUCAUGGAAGAUGCCGGUCCAUACAAAUGUUUUACUUAAAUCUAAUGUGGCAUCUGAUUUAUGUCCAGAAGAUGCAAGCUACUUGCGCCUCUCCUUAGGCGAGUUCUUUGGUCAGAGAUCAGAAGCCCUUGGGUGUCUUGGUGGAGGAGAAGAUGUUAAAAGGCCCUCUUUUGGUUAUUAUAUAAUCUCUCCUGAGAAGCAAGAGCCUUUUGCGCUGCUGAGGAAGUCUGACAUCUCAGAAAGCUCACAACAUGAUGACACCAUAAAGUUUUGUGAUGAUACCCUAACUCCAGAGGACCUUAAAUGUUUACCAGAUGAUCAGAAGCUAGUAUCGGCCACAUUCGAUGUGAGAACAUCGGAAAGAGAGUCUAAUUCAGAUAGACAAGUAGAGCAACACGAGGAAAGUUUGAUCUCCAAUACAGAGCCCCAACAGAUUAUCAAACAGGUGUCUCCAGAGCUAAAAUCUAACAAAACCCUUGAUGUCACAUUACUGAAUAUAAGUACAAUUGCCUCAGCCAUUGCAAAUGCCUCAUGCAGUGCAGACCCUUCGGAGUUGGCAGCUAUGAUACUAGCACUGUCGAAUAGAAAUAAAGGAAGUUUACCUCUUGAUGCAUCUGUAUAUAAUGAAUCUCUCAGGUGUUUUCAAACUUCCCUACAGAACUCAAAUUCUGGAAAGAUUUUUGACAUGGAGAAGUACUUGAAAGCCACAAUUAAUUUCCAAGACACUCAAAGUGAAAGUUUUGACCGCUCCUCCAUUAUGGAUUUUUUUGGGGAGAUGUCUCAGGGACAUAAGCAGCCUCUUACAACAGCUGGAAAUUUGGCUAAUAUUACAGAUGUUCAAAAACAAGAUUUGAUCAGACCGGAAAAUUCAAAAGCACUUCAAGUGGGUUGUGUAAAACCUUUGCCUGUAGAAGCAACACUUAAUGUCACCACUGUGAAACAUAGUGUUCCUCAUGGAAACCGCAAAAAGGAUGAUGCCCAAUCGCAUGUUCGUACUAGCCUGCCAAAGUCUGUUGAAUUGUCCGAUUCCAAAUGUCUUUCCAACCAACCCUCCAAUAGAGCUAGAGUGUGUGAUGGUAAAGUAAAUAAGCUUGACAAGGAGAACACGCAAUCUGCUACUCUUAUACCAGUUACUAGGCAAUCUGACCCAGUAGAUAAAUUAAAGAUAGCCUGUCAGCCAUCAGCCAGUAAUUCAGACCAAAGAGAAUGUGGAUCAUUAAAGCCUUGUCUUCAGGAGCGUGUAAGAGCGAAGUCUCCAAGAAAAUCCCCUUCCCACAUGUCAGACGAUCCGCCAGGUGUUAAGGAACCGUGUGGUGUUCGUGGGGAAGCUUCCCAAAAACAUGUUUGUUUUCAGCCAUCACCCAGUCGAAGAUUCAACGAGAAUAAAACUGUUGCAGAACAUGUUGCCCACACGGCGGAGGAAGAACAGUACAAUUUUAGACCUUCUACUUCCCCUUUGAUACACUCCUCUCCUAGCCAGGAUUCACUAAAGAUACCUGAAACCAGAUCUGGUGAUUCUCCACAAAGGCAAGAGUCGCUGCAGAAAUUUUCUCAUGAGCCUUCAUCGCCUGAUUCGUCAUGCCUCAGUCCUAGUCUAAGUAGGUUGACCUAUAUCUCCAUGACAGAGAACACAUUGCAGAAUUUAAGUAUUCGUAGUCCUGAAAAGAAAAAGACUAAUAAUACAAUUGAGCUGAGCACAACUAUAGUAAGAGCCAGUCCUACACCUUCAGAAAUGCAGCUUGCACGCAAUGACAAUUUAUCUUGGGAAGAUGACAAAAGUCAGAUGACCAACAAGCUUUCUAAACUGAUUAAAAGUCCAUCUGCUUUUAGAACUGUAACAGCCAAUGGGGUUGGAUGUAAAACCGAAGACCAUAAACAACUGAAUCCUACAUCUUUAUGUGGCAAAGACCAUAAUACUUUCUCAUGGCAAGAACAUGGCACAAAAUCAAGUCAAAUAUUGCCUUCUGCAACUGUGCCCCAGUCAGCUCUGCUGGAAAAGUACACUGUAAUGCAGCCCUCUACUGGUAAUCAAUGUGUGUGUGUCUCCGGCUUUAAACAAAUUGUACCAGAAAGUGAUGUACAGAAACAUCCAUCUUCAGUAUCUUCCCUGUUUUCUGGACAAUUCCCCUCCAGCACUGCAUUUACACAACCGCAUUUUGGAAAUGUAAAUCCAUUGGCUGCUUUUUCUGGGGGGAACACUGGUCUCUAUGGAGCUUCAACUGGAUACCACGUCUGUAAUUUUCCCACUCACAAUAUUCAAAACACAGUUACUGGAGUCCCUUUAAGUGCAAAUAUCGGUCCAGGAUUACUAGCUACUUUGCCAAUGAGUAGUUACACCGCAACCAAACAGAAUAUUGACCAUCAUAUCCAUUUGAUUGAAAGUCAGUCUGGAACAGAUGGACUUUCACAAUGGGCAGCCUCCAGAAUGUCAUCUGGAUUUGGGCAAGUUUUGGUCCCUGAAGAGAUUACUUUCCCCAGUGCCUGUUGUGUUGGAAUUGCAUCUCAAACAUCACUGAAUAUAUUUAACCCAAAUGAAAGAUGGAUGCAAGUUAAUAUUGGAGUUUUCAGUAUUGCAAUAAAUGGAGAAAAAAUUGACAUUGGGGCUCACCAGUGUCUGGUUUUUAAAAACAAGACCAUAAUUGGGCCUCGAGCAGCUGAAGACAUAAGAAUUCUCCUCCUGCCUCCGAGAUCUGGGCUUUUCCAGUGUGUUCUAUGUGUAUCAUCUUGGCCUGUUUCUGCUGACACUGAGACGAUUGUAAGGGCAGAAACAAUGGCUUCUAAAGUUCUUCUUGUUGCUGUUUCAGAAUAUCCGUUAAUUGAGGUAGACACAGGAACAAGUGAAGGCUUAGACUUUGGUGAUCUAUCAUCUGGCAGUUGGAAAUCUCUUCCUUUGAAACUGAUUAAUAAAACUCAUGCUACAGUGCCUAUCAGACUUAUUAUUAGUGCUAAUGCGACAGCAUGGCGCUGCUUCACCUUUUCCAAAGAUCCUAUUAACCUAGUAAAAGAAUUUGCUGUACAUACAGAUCCUGUUUCUAAGAUGUCCUUGCCCUCUGUCAUAAGUCAUGUUAUGCAAGCAUCAUUUGAUCGCCAGGAGCAUGAGUAUAUUGCAGUUUGGGUUGUGUUUCAUGCACCACAGACUUACAACUCUGCAGGGACCCUUGGCCCACCAGAAGAGUUUGCAGCAAAGGUUGAUAUUGAAAUUGACAGCCCAGGCCCAGCAUGCAUGCUAAAAAGUAUCCCAUUAAGAGCAAGGGUUGGUUGUGCGAGGAUACAUGCCCCUAAGGACUUGCAGACUAUCCGUUUAACCUGUAGCUAUGGAUCAUCUGCCAAACAACUGCUGCCUUUAAAAAAUGCAGGGAAUAUUUCUGCUCAUUUAAAAAUUAUGUGUCCAAAUGAGGAUGGUUUUUCUAUAGAUCCCGAAGAUUUGUUUCUUGCACCAGGGGAAGAACAAAUGAUUGCAAUUAAGUUCUCUCCACGUCAUGUAAAUGCAAAACAAAGUAUCUUGAAAAUCAUGGUCCAGCCAGCAGGUCCACAGUAUGAAGUUAUGUUGGUUGGAGACAUUGAGCAUUCAGGAAACACAAAUUCUGCUGCCAUUAGUUACUCGGAUGUUCCAUCAAUUCUUUCCAACAAACAAUUCAUAGCAUGGGGAGGAGUUGGUGUUGGAAGAACAGUACAACAAAAAUUGAUACUAAGGAACACGUCUGCAACUUCAAGCCAGCAGCUCCGUCUUAUAAUAAGGGGACAGGACCAAGACUGCUUUCAGUUGCAAAGUAUGUUCGGUUCAGAAGAGCGUUUGACAAGCAAUCGUGAGCUCACAAUCCGUCCUAAAGAAGAUUCAGCUGUCCACAUGAUGUUUUCUCCCACACGCGUAGGCUGCAUGUUGGCCAAGCUGGAAAUUAAACAGUCAGGAGUUAAAUCUUCACAACCAGGCAUUAAAUUUACUAUUCCUCUAUCCGGCUAUGGUGGCACGAGCAAUAUAAUACUUGAAGAUGUGAAAAAGUUGUCGGACAGCUGCGUUUUGACCAUAAAUGGUGUAUUGCCUGGUAGAAUAAGCAAAGCUAGCUUCUCUGUCAGGAAUACAGGCUCCAGAGCUGCUUAUGUUAAAGCAGUCUGUUUUGUUAAUAUAGAGAACAAUGUCGUUAUGGAUCCAAAUGUGCUUUUUCUUACGCCAGACAAAUUUGUUCUCAAAGAAGGAUCACUAGAGAUAGUUACAAUAUCCUGCAAUACAAGAAAUCAAGAGAUGCAUCAUCAGUUGAACAAAUUAUGUACAGUGUGUUUUUUCUAUGGUGAUGAGGUGUCACGACAGCAGUUUCGCAGGGCAGUACUAUACAAGCCAGAAGUGGCCCAAAAAGUCAUUGCCGAGUAUUCAAAGUUAAAAAAUACAAGAUUUGAUGAAGAGUUCCCAGAUGAACAGCUGGUCUGUGAAGUCUAUGAUUUGCCUCAAAGACCAAAUGACAUCCAGCUUUUCUUUGGAAAUAUGCGCAAAGUUGUGCUAUCUGUUGUUGGAAGCACCGAUAUUACCAUAGCCAGCACAUCGGUUCAACCAUCUGUAGGCACUGGCUUAGACGGAACUGCUCAAAAUACACAAAGAAACAUUCGUAACACAUCUUUGGAUGAUCUGCCUGUCAAAGGCCCUCAAGGACCUCAUUUGUCAAAUGCUGAUAUACCUUUAAGAAAUGGCAACAGCUCUGAAAAUACUUUUAUGGUGCAACCAGAGUGUCUCCGGUUAAAACUUUCAACUAAAGAUGGAGUGCCUGGAACAGGUCAAAUCCAGAUCCACAACAACUCUUCACGAUUGUUAGAGUAUGAUUUAUCUUGGCCAGCUCACUGGCUUACCAUAACACCACAGCAUGGAAACAUUGAGCCACAGAGUCGCACACUAAUACUUGUAAGUCCAAAUCCAUCUUUAUCCAAAAAGAAGACUCUGUUGCCAUGGAGUGGUCAGAUUUAUGUGCACUGUGAUAAUGGACAAAAGAUUGUUAAAGUCCAAAUUAAUGAUGACACUACAAUGAGUGGGCCUAGAGAUGGAGGUCGAAAAUCCCUUCCAAUGUUUUCACCUGGCAUAGAGACCCCUGUUCACGUGGCAAAACCUCUACCUAAAACUUCAUCUGUACUUGAAAUAAAGAAUCCCACCCUUGUAUUUCCUAAAACAGCAGCAGGUGAAAGCUCAGAAACUUUUUUGGAUGUUGAAAAUCCCGGUAAUGAAAAUGUUAAAUGGCAUCUCUCAUCUUUUGCACCCCCCUACGUAAAGGGAGUUGACUGCAGUGAUAUUUAUCGUGCCACCUACACAGUUUUCAGAUGUUCUCAAGUGUCGGGUGUGCUUGCAGCACUUGACAGAUUAAAGCUACCAGUUACUUUCUACCCCAGAGAUAAGGGUGACUAUACCCAAUUUUGGGACCUUGAAUGUCAUCCAAUAUCAGAACCACAUUUCAAGCAUAAAGUGAGAUUUCAAAUGUGUGGAGAAGGUACCAUUAUUGAAAAUGUGUUGGUGAGAGCUUCUACUCAUGCUUUAGUAAAUGAAGUUCCAGAUCAUCCAAGAAGAAGAUCCGGCUCUGAAGCUUCUUCAUUGAGAACUGUGCAAGAUGUGACUGCAAAGGGAGUUUUUGCUUCAGACCAGUUAUAUACUUUUCCUCCUACACCAGUUGGUGAAUCCAAUACCUUAAAAGUAAACCUACGAAACAACUCUUUUACAACAUACAUGCUGAAAUUUGUUAGUCCUAAAGAGCCAUUUCAUAUGAAGCAUUCCAAAUAUUCCUUGAGACCUCACCACUAUAUCAACAUACCAGUGAAAUUCAAACCAUCCACCAUGGGCAAGUUCGAAGGCUGCCUUGUUGUUCAGACAGACGCCGAAGAUAUUUGUAUUCAACUUGUUGGUGAAGCACUGGCCAAGAGAUGAUGUUUCCUGAACAAUCUAAUAUUACUGUUAGACAUUCACAUGCAGAAUUGAAAAAUAUAAUAAAAUAUCAGGAUCAGUAAGGCAAAGUGCUGUAACCUAUUCCAGCCAAUCAAAUCAUCUUUAGCUAACCUGACUACAGUAAAUUGGAAGCUGUUUACUGCACUUUGCACAUUAAUAUUUUGCACAGCUUUAUUGGUUAAACCCAUAUGAAUUUUCAUGGUUUAAACUAGUGAUGCACUUUUGGUAGUACUAUACAUACCGUACACAUUAGGAUAUAUGGCUAUGCCUAUUUUGUACUCUUUCCUUGGUUAAACAAUGGAGUUCAUGUACCAAAACUGGAUAGUGCAUCUGCAAUCUGGUGCAGCUGUGCAUAGUAGCUAGUCAUCUUCUAACUUCAGCUUGUUCAAUUUGACAAAAAAAAGUUAGCUGAUUGCUUUGUGUAGAACUGCACCAGUUUUGCACACUCCAGUUUUAGUAAAUCAACCCCAUUUCUAAGCUAAUCUGUAGAGAAUGUAAUUGAAAAUAAGUUUUAGUGUUGUAUGUCCAUGUACAGUGGAAAUAUUUUAAAGGCACGGUUUUAUUUCCCCUAACAAUUUUUUGUUGGAGGCAGUGGUGCAAAAGUCCCAUUUAGUAUUGCAGAGCGAGGGAGGUUAGGAUAUAGACUGGAAGUGUAGGCUUGCAUAUAGUGACAUGUGAAACCCAAUAAUGUGGAUUACCUGCACUGAACUUGACGUCUGCCUCUGUCAGAUGGUUCUGGCAAAACAUUAUACAAUUUUCUUGUAGAAUUACCAAAACCAUAUAAUAUGAGGUCAGAUUAAACACUUUUAGUUUGUACGCAAUCAGGCAGGCCCUUGUACUACAUAAUUGAAGGUAAAACUUAAGGCAAUUAAAUAAAGUUGUAUAAUAUAUGGCCAGCCUUUUUCAGCCCUUUUAUUCUCCCUCAGUCUCCCUAGCCAACUGGUUAGGAAUGAGAUUUCUCUCACACUGCGAGAUACUGUAGCAGAAACAUCAAUGUCCUGUUCACAUUUCUCGACUUAAAAGCAUAACCUGCUACAAACCGUACACCAUGCUUUUGAAUUAUGCUCAUUCAGCUUUUUCAGAUGCAAUGACUUGAGGUGUGUUUUUUUUUAAAUGAGCUUUUUUUUUUUUUUUUUUUCCAUCUGGGCUAAUCAAAUUGAGUGUCAGAAUGUGUAAAUGUGCAUUACAAAGCAUCAGCACUUUUCAGUGUGUGUAUAUCUUUUAAGUUUGACACUGAACAUGCUUUGUCUUUUUCAGCUCUCUCCAUUUGAUAUAAAUAUAUUUAUUUCUCCAGUAGUGAUCUUUUUUUCCAGUUUUGAGAAUGUUCUAUUUGAUACCCAGAUUUGUAAAUUUGAUAUGUCAUUUGUGUUCUUUUGCAUGUAUUUAAUGUGCGUGAAAUACUUGUCCAAAGACUCCAUCAAUGUGCCUUAGACUUCUGCUGUGCUCUCAAUUUGAGGAAGUAAGCUUUCCUGGUUAAUAAAAUUUGGUGAACUAAGGUAAAUUAAAUGAGCAAUAAAGUUAUUUCUAAUUUUUGAU